AUGAUUCUUUCGGUCGUGUUAUCUCUCGUUGCCAGUGCGGCAGCGCUGACCCUUGACAUCGCCUCGUCUGGUGGCAAUCAAUCCAGUUCCCUCCUAUAUGGGCUUUUGUACGAGGAUAUAUACCACUCUGGCGAUGGCGGUCUCUAUGGGGAGAUGUUGCGGAACCGAGCCUUCCAAGGAUCCUCAUCCGCUGGCACUGCCAGUCUAGCACGUAACAUGGAUUAUUGGAAUCCUGUUGGAGGAGUCACACUGGCCAUCGACCAAUCUUCUCCCGCCCUCUCAUCCAGCUUGCCAUAUCAGAUGAGAAUGGACAUACCUGCGGGGACUACGGGGACUGUAGGAUUCUACAAUGAAGGCUUCUGGGGUUUCGACGUGGAUUCAACCAAGCAGUACAUCGCUAGUUUCUACAUGCGCGGCAAUUAUUCAGGCGCAGUCAACUGUUACUUCAAUAGCACCACGGCGGAUGAAUUACUCGGAUCCACGGUUAUGAACAUCGAUCAGACAUCAUCUGCGGGUUGGGUGCAGAGCUACUCUGCGACGUUCCAGCCGAGCAAAACUGGCACCGACGGCAACAACACGUUUUAUUUCACUUUUGAUGGAUCAAAGCUCGCUGGAGAAAGUGUUUAUUUCAAUGUUUUGAGUUUGUUCAAGCAGACAUUCGAUAACCGGAACAAUGGUGUGCGCGAGGACCUGGCCGAGGCAUUGCUCAAUAUGAAUCAGAAAUAUAUCCGGUUGCCUGGUGGAAACAAUAUGGAGGGCAACGGCUCCCCGUAUGAAUGGAAAUGGAACGAAACCAUCGGCCCUCUCACAGAUCGUCCCGGUCGUCCAGGUACCUGGGGUGAUAUCAAUACCGAUGGAUUUGGUCUCCUGGAGAUGAUGCAGAUGGCAAAAGAUCUAGACCUUGAGGUAAUUCUUGGAAUCUGGGCUGGACUGUACCUGGAUGGCGAGAUCGUCUCUCAGGCCAAUUUACAGCCAUACGUGGAUUCAGUCAUGAAUGAGUUGGAGUUUCUUCUAGGGGAUGAAUCUACCACAUAUGGGGCCAAGCGAGCUGCUCUGGGAUUCUCUUCACCUUUCACCAUCAAUUGGAUUGAGAUUGGCAAUGAAGACUACCUCAACGGGGGAACGAACUCCUACUAUUCAUACCGAUUUAUGGCCUUCUACGACGCCAUCCACGCUGUCUAUCCAUCUAUCAAUCUUGUCUCCGCCAUCAACCCAAACCCAGUCACCUCUAACGGUAGCUCUCUGGACCUCCAUAUCUACGGCAAUGAGAACUAUUUUGUCUCUCUUUUCAACACCUUUGACCAAGCUAGUCGCAGCUAUCCCGUCUUCGUCAACGAGUACGCAGCGACCAACACUGGCUCUAACAACAAUGGCCAGGUGGGAGCGCAGACUCUAGGCAUGUCCUGCGCAGAAGCCAUCUUCCUCUUGGGCUGCGAAAGGAACUCGGACGUUAUUGUCGGCUCUGCCUACGGUGCCUUAAUCAAGAACUACAACGAAGCGCCCGACACAGUAGCUGUUAUAAAGCACACUGAAAACGAGGUUCUAUACACCAUCAGCUACUACGUCCAGAAGCUUUUCGCCGACCACAUGGGCACCAGAACUCUGCCCGUUACUGCCACGGACGGGGAAUUCGGCCCCGUCUACUGGUCGGCAACAGCAAGCAGUUCGUCCACUAUCCUCAAGCUCGUGAAUUAUAAUGGUCAAACCGGUUCGUCCAACGCUGUGCAGGUCAACGUCGAAGGUUCGUCGAAGGACAUUGCCACUCUGAUCACCUUGACUGCUCCAAGUUCCACGAGUGUCAACAAUUUGCCUUCAUUGGGAGGUGAGAGCAGCGUCAUAACUACCACGACCUUGUCUGGGUCUGCUGGCAGCUUCUCCAUCAGCUUCAGCAAGCCAUAUGAGAUUGCUAUAUUGGUCGUUUAG